AUUUGGUCCCCGCGCGGUAGAUCGAGCGAUCGUGCACAAUGAAAGCGACAGUGAUCAUGCUGCUCCUGUUGGUGGUUACGUUCGGCACGUGCCGGAUGACACCGUUCAAGGGUACGCGCACUUACAACCUCGAAACGGACGCCGAUCGGUACGGACGCUACGAACGAGUGCUGCUCGGUAUUAAAACAUCCGAAGGGUUGCGUCUCGAUCCGAACCUGCUGGAGGAGAUACGCCAGGUGCUGUUAGAUGACGAACGACAGCAAACAUCCGGUCAGGAAGCAAAACCAGUCAAUGUGCAGCUCUACAAACCACUCCAAUCGCGUCAUAUCGCUCAACUGCUUUAUCGGGCACGACUCAACACAUCACCAGCCCACGGUCGGGCUCGAUAGCACGCAGCAAAAGGAAUUCAUCACUAUGCACCAGAGGGAAUCAGCAAAACGUCAACCGGUUGGAAUGCUUAUUUUGGACACUAUACCUGGAAUGAUUUGUAAUGAGCAAACUGGUGCAAAGGAAGACAAAGUACAAAAUAAAUAUUUUAUAUCCUAAA